CCUGAGGUCCAGGCUGCUUCUGGAGCCACCGCAGAGUCCCUCCUCUAUGAGGUGAGUUAACAACUACACCUUUCACAAACUACACCUUUCACAAACUACACUUUUAACAAACUCAUCCUUUCAUAAACUACACCUUUCACAAACUACACCUUUCACAAACUCAUCCUUUCACAAACUCAUCCUUUCACAAACUCAUCCUUUCACAAGCUACACCUUUCAUAAUCUUUUCUAAGUUUUCAUAACCUACAGCUCUCAUGAACUACAGGACUCAUGACCUAUAACUUCCUUAAACUACAACCCCCAUCAACCCUUCUGUUACAGGGCUACUAUUACGGAACCAUCUCCAUCGGCACGCCUCCCCAGUCCGUCCAGGUGCUCUUCGACACCGGCUCCUCCAACCUGUGGGUGGACUCCGUGUACUGCAACUCUCGGGCCUGCAACGUCCACCAGAAGUUUAACCCCCAGUCCUCCUCCUCCUUCCAGUGGGCUGGCAAGUCUUUCACCCUUCACUAUGGAGCAGGUGGCAUGACCGCCGCCCUCGGCUACGACACCAUCAGUGUGGGAGGCAUCACCGUCACUAGCCAGAUGGUUGGCCUGAGCCAGACCCUGGACACGGCACCUACACCCUUCGCUGGGAUUGUGGGUCUGGCGUACCCCCGCAUCUCCUCCGCACAGCAGCCCACUCUCAUGGACACCAUGAUGCAGCAGGGGGUUCUGCAGUACGACAUCGUGGCCUUCUACCUGUCCCGCGGCCAGUCCGGAAGCGAGAUCUCCUUCGGGGAGGUGGACAACAGCAAGAUCACCACCCAAAUCACGUGGACCCCCGUCACCUCCGAGUCAUGGUGGGAGAUCAACAUGCAGGGAUUCCAGAUCAACAACCAGGAGACCGGCUGGUGCCAGCAGGGCUGUGCCGCCAUCGUUGACACUGGCACCCCCGGCCUGGCAGUGCCCACUCAGUACUACAACUCCCUCAUGCAGAGCACCGGAGCUCAGCAGUCCAACGGCAUGUACUACAUCUCCUGCAGCGCCGCCGGCAACCUCCCCACCCUGGCCGUCACCAUCAGCGGAGUAUCUUUCCAGAUUCCUCCCUCUGCUUACCUUCAAACUGGUCAGAAUGGCUACUGCAUGUUCGGGAUGCAGCCCACGAGCCAGAGAGACUUCAGUGGAAGGCCCAUGUGGAUUCUGGGAGAUGUAUUCCUCAGGGAGUACUACUCUGUGUAUGACCGCGCCAACAACCGCGUGGGCUUCGCCACUGCCGCUUAGACAUGAACGCCUCUGGCCUCUUUUCAAUUAAAACUACACUUCCCAUCACCCUUCCGCCAACACCGUAGUAAUCCAUCAGUUACUCUGACUGGCAUUACUGUUCUUACUCUAGAAAGCACGACUACCAUCUGUGGCAGGGGUUCGGAGAAUUAUAACAGCCAGUUUUGAAAAUGCCAUCUUUCAUGUUUUAACGUUCCAUUAAACACAUUCAAAAUAAGAGUCCUGUUCUGUCGUUUGUCUUGUGAGGUUUACUCCAACAGAAUGUGUGCCAUGUGUGCAUCCAGCACAGCGCGUUUGGGGGGAGUCGGGGGGAUGGGGUGUAGGGACAUUCACAGUUAGAAGUAGAUACAUCCAGUGGCGGCUGGUGAAUUUGUUUUGGGGGGGGGGCGCAGUUGGGCGGCGCGGUUAAAAUAGCACUCCACAAUAAGAAAAGAGUUUGAGUAGAAUAUUA